AUAGAUGCACAUGUUUAUAGCUCGCUACUGUGACCUAUUAAAUGUAGAAAUCUCUUGUGAUGGAUGUGAUAAAAUUGCACCUUCGCUUCGCUAUCGAUGUCUUCAGUGCAACGACAUGGAUCUUUGCAAAACUUGUUUUCUAGGCGGUGUCAAGCCUGAGGGACAUGAAGAUAGCCAUGAAAUGGUUAAUAUGGAGUAUGCAUGUGAUCAUUGCCAAGGUCUUAUUAUAGGUCACCGAAUAAACUGCAAUGUAUGUGAUGACUUUGACCUGUGCUAUGGAUGCUAUGUUGCCAAUAGGUACUCUGAAAGCCAUUUACCAACCCACAGCAUAACAAUUUAUCCAACGGUAACAAGCCGCAUAAGUGAUCACCAGCUGCUAAUACAGCCUUACAUACACAACUACUCAUGGCUGCUCUUUACUUCCCUGGCACUUUACUGCUCUGAUCUGGCAAACGAAGGAGAAGUAGAGGGAGAGAAGUUAGAUUCUGAUAUUGUGUCUAAUGCCAGAGUCCUGCAAGGCAGUUGCACAGAUCUAGUCGCCAGUUGUCUGAUGAAAGCUCAGAAAGGAAAAG